AUGGCGCGCGGCGCGCCACAGCAGAUCAGAUACGAGCCUUCGCAGCCAAAAACCAAUUCUGGUGGGAACUGUCAGGCAGUGGAGGAGGAGGAGGAGACCAUGAUGAAGCACCUGCAACGGGCGGGCGAGGUCAUAGCCCUGUAUCGCAGGUGCCUCGAGGUCGCGCGGCUGUUUCCGGAUCCGUGCGGCCGCAAUUAUCUCCACUACUACGUCGUCGAGAAGUUCCGGAAGCGGAGCACCGAGACGAGCCCGACGAUUAUCGGCCGGCACAUCAAGCAGGGGAGGAACGCGGUGCGUCGGCUCAGGCGGUCGCUGCACUCGCGACGGGACUAUCAGCACGUCAUCGAGCUCGCGUACGGACGCAAGGGCCCGUUCAAGCACCUGCUGAGGGAGGCAGAGAUCGAGGCGAGCCAGCCACCCAAGCUCGCGAGGCCGCCGAGGUUCAUGCUGGAGCCGCUGCCCGGCGCGUCGGGGGAGACGUUCACGCUGGCGUCCCUCGAGAAGUUCCUCGAUCCAAGCACGAGGGAAGCGACGGGUGCGGCGGCGGCGGAGAGGGAGGCGACCGAGGCGUCCGCCAGGUUGCAACUCGCGGUGCUCAGGGAGCUGGUGCCGACGCGAUGGGUGAGACGCGCAAAGUUUGCCGCCCCGCGGGAGGAGGACGCGUCGGAGGAGGACGCGUCGCAUCCGACGAAAUCGCCAAACGACGAAGCGGGACGCGAUCGACGAGCGUGGAAGCGGGAUUGGCUCCCGGCACCGUGGGACGUCGACAGGUCGCCGCCUCACGAGGUGCGCGGGACGUCGCGGGGCACCGGCGCGGAGGCCCGACCGCCGUCGAGGCACUGGUCGGGCGCGUCGACGGCGGCGUGGAUGGUGAACCACCUCGCGCUGAUCAGGACCACGUUCGUACCGGCGGUGGAGGCGAUGAGCGCGGACGGGGCGAUCGGAAGGGCGUGGCGGCGGCUGUACGCGUCGACCCUGGGCGAGCCGAGGCAGCGCGACGCGCUGAGGGUCGAGGGCGCGCCGGAGAGCUGGAGGGACCCGCACGUGCCGUUCAAAUCGACCGGUCUGGUGCUGAGGUUCAGGGACCGCGUCGUGGACGAGAUAGACCCGGCGGGGAUGGGCGCGCGCGACGGGGACGAGGCGUAG